AUGGACAGUACAUCCGACGAAGAUUGGAAAAAGAAGUAUGCUGACCAGAAAAAAAUCCAGUUAGAUGGAUUGGAUGAUCUUGUUGCCGUGAACUCAAUUUUCACAGUAGCUGUGUUCUUGGGCUUAACCUUGGCAUCAUCUCCCAACCAACCAAGCCCUGAAAACGAAACCAAAUGCCAAGCUGACGCAGCAAUGGGAAAGAGAGCAAUCCGUUAUGAAAUUAUAUCAUUUGCCUGCUUCCUCUUUUCAAGUCUGGCAGCCAAAUCACUCAAGACUUAUCUCAACAUCUAUUACGAGGAUAAAGCUACUGAUGAUAAAAGAAGCAUUUUUUCUUGGAUUUUUUCUUGCAUUUAUCGUUGCUGUACAUGUUCUGAUUGGGAGAGACACAAAAAGUUAAAUGAUGUAACUCCAAAGAUUUCAGGCAGGGCAUUAUUGUUCGCAUCAUCGUUACUGGCAUCGAUUGUUGGGAUUGUUUUACUGACAUUCUCAGUGGUUUAUAUUGUGCAGAUAAAGCUGGGGAAACUGCAUUGCGGGAGCGGAGAGGCAACGCUUCCGGUAGUGUCAUUAUGUGUAAUUGUGGCUUCUGGUCUACUCUUGUAUUUUAUCUCAGUAUUAGAUGCUAUCAUCUAUUGUUGGGUAAUGGAAUAG